CUCCAUGCGUUUCUUGCAUGGAGAUUGGGAACCUUGAAAUCCCUUGCAUUUAAAUUCUAUUUCUUUGUAUCUGGGUUGCUGGUGCAUGGACUUCCACGGGCCAGACUUUUUGCAUCUUAACUUCCGCCAACAAAACACUUUGAUUUUCCUUGGUAAUGAUGAGGCGUGACAGACCACAAGAGCGGGCAGCCAGCUGGCCAGCAGAGCACAUCAAGGUGCUCCUUGCCCUGUGGACCGAAGCGGCAGUCACUCACGAUCUUAGUUCUCAUGGAAGGAACCGUGCAGUAUACGAUGGCAUUUCCCAGCGCCUCGCAGAAAUGGGCAUUUACCGAACCGGGGACCAGUGCCGGGAGAAAAUGAAAGGUUUGAAAGUGGCUUACCGGAAAGCAAAAGAAAAUAACUCAGUUGGGCGACCACCCAUCAAGUGUCCAUUUUAUGAUGAGAUCGACCAGAUAAUGACACAGUAUAUAAACUGCAGACCAGGCUUUCCCUCAGAAGCUGGUGAGGGGUCCAGUAUCUCUGCAGACAGACAGGAAGGCAUUUCUAUAUCUGAGCCCUGGGGGACCCAGUCUAGCAUCAGUGAGCGCUGGGGGUCUCAGGUCUCUGGGCACUGGUUGUCACAAACUGCUGCCUCAGAAAGCCAAGGGACUGAUGAAUUCAGCUAUGCCCAGGCAGAGUCUCAGGAUGCCUUCGGUGAGAUCCAAGUCAUCCCAGUUCAAGUGAAAGAAGAGGAAUCGGAAGAUGAAAUAUCACCUGAGCUUGAUGUGGCCUCUCCUAUAGUGAUGGAGACCCAGCCUGCACCAAGACAUCUCAUAUCCAUGCUUGACCAACGUCCCCACCUCCGAACCCGGAAGCAAAAAGCUCAGGGAGAUGGGCAGUCAAGCUUCCCAAGGGGCUCUGGCCAGAAAUAUGGGCGUUCGCAUCAGCUGGAAGUGCAGAGAAUGCAGAGACAGGUUGCUAACCAAGCGGAGGAGAAGCAGAGCUUAGCAGAGUUCAUCCAGCAUGACAGGGAGAUGCGCCGGGAAGAUAGGGAGUUCCAGGCCCAGCUCUUUGAGAAGCUUUUUCAGAAGCAAACCGAGCUUGUCCAAGCACUGACUCAGCGACCUCCUGCCAGUCCUAUCUCCGCCGCUUGUACCAACGCUUUGCACACCUUGCAGGUGUCUACAAAGAAUGGAGCAGGAACAGCUGCAGGCCCUGGCUCACAGCUACAGGCUUUGCUAGAACAGAUAAUGCAAGCUGAUGUAGCAGGAAAGGGCUUAACCAGACUUCCUGUGAAGGAGGCACUUGGCGGAGCAGUGAAAGUGCCCCCUGAAGUGCAGUAUUGGACUGCUGAAGAGAUACUGAGAUGGCUACUAUCUCAGCAGUCACCUGGAGACCAAUGCCAAGAGGUGCUGACGGGCCUGAGGCCUCCUCCUGUUGCAGGGCACAUGGGGACAACAGGAAAGGGUGAUAACCCAGAGGUACACCUCUCUGUUUUGAAUCCACUGUGUGAUUCCUACCAGAGUUCUGGACAGCAAGAUAAAGGCCAACUUCAUAGCAAGAACCAACAACUCUGCGGCAGCAAUUGUGCUAAAGCGCUGGAAACAGACAUAGACUUAGAGACACAGCGUCAGUCUUUCAGGCAGUUCCGCUACCAGGAAGCCCAGGGACCCCAAGAGGUUUACAGGUGCCUGUGGGGACUUUCCUAUCAAUGGCUGAGGCCAGAUGUCCGCAGCAAAGAGCAGAUCAUGGAGCUGCUGGUUGUUGAGCAGUUUUUGAAUAUUUUGCCUGACGAAAUCCAGACUUUGGUACGUGAAUGUCAGCCAGAAAAUGGCAAGGAGGCUGUGGCCCUGGCAGAGAGGUUUCAGCUUCACUUUGAGUCCAAGAGGCAAAAGGACCAGGCACGGGUGAUAUCCGAUGACAUGGUAGCAGAUUCCCCCCAAGAACAAUUGGAUGAGGAUCGGAGACCAUCUUGCAUCAAAGACAGUCAAGAGAACCCUAGGAAAGUUGGUACAGAAGCACACCUUCGGCUGAGGAAGAGAGCAAAGUCAGGUCCAAGGGAACGGACUGUGGCCACAGAAGAUGGAGAACAUGGAGAGGCAGCAACAAAGCAAAGGAAGCCAAAUGAUAACUCAGAGGACACAUCUGAGGCUGGGGAGAAAGCUAAGCAAAUGCCAACCCCUGCACCAGGAAAGCAAGCCGGGAAAGCGAAAGGGCGGGGAAGAUCUGUUUCCGGGUGCAAUGUUGCUGUGGCUGUAGAGAGUCUGGUUGAGGGGGAAGCUAAGAUGGAGGGCAGUGGUAGGGUUUCAGAGGCUCUGAACGGGGUGCUCUCUUCUAAUUCAUCAUGCGAGCAGAAAGCAACAGCUGGCCUUGGGCCAUCUCAACUGGUCUUUGACAAGGAUGGCAGUGCGUCCUGCCCCCAAGGAGGGAAUGAUGGUCACAUAUCUCCUGAGGCAGAUAGACCUUCACUCAGUGACAGCAUUGAGAUGUUGCUGCACUCUCCCUGGAGUGGAAAUGGCAGUGGUGACACUACCCACGAUGGGCCACCAGGCUCCAGAAUGCUACCUCCAUGUGCCAGUUGCACCGUAUUGAAGGCUGAGCUGGACACUGUGCGUGAGGAGCUCCGACUAACCCAAGCUUCCACACUAUAUGGGUUGAGUGGUACCUCUUUACGAGACUUAUCAGAGGCUCUUGGCACUAUUGUGCACAUCCUCAGCAACAGGAAGUCGCUGUCAGCAACAAACACAUCCCAGAAUGUUGCCGAAAUUCCCAGCAGGCCAGUAUGGCGAGAGAGAAAUCAUUUCUGAAACAUAAGCUGAGCAUCAAGAAAUUGAGCAUCAAGAAAUUCAGCAGCAAUAUUGACGUUAGGAUGAGGACCUGAAUUAAAAGGAAAAAGCUCCUUCAGCUCUUGGUUGUCUGAGACAACCAAUCUUGCUACCUUCAUUCUCUUUUGUCCCUGACCCCCACCCUUAGCAUAUCAUGUAAGUUGCUCAGACUGCAGCAGGCUCUAGAGCUGAAGCUCUUUGCCUGCUGUGGUGCAAAUGUUGACUGUCAUUACUGUCCUUCUAAUGUUACUCUAGGAUUUGUUUGUUUUUAUACUGUAGUACCUGUUUCUUUCCUGCUUAGCUCUAAAUAAAGCAACUGGGAACGUUUU